CCUGAGAAACCCAUAUUCUGUCCAAUGGCACGCGCGACGCGGAGUAACGGCACGCAGCUUUUGUGGAGAGAGAAAACACGAGCCUUUUAAACUGAUGUGACCCACUGUGAAAGUGAGUCACCCGAGUCUCCUUUCCGUUCAAGUGCAGUGACUGAGCGAUCACGGGACUGAGGAACGAGAGAGGGCAACUUUUUAACAGAAGGGGUAAGAAGUCACCGCUGCAUCUCACCUCGAGACCGCUGACAUCUGGCAGAAAAAGCGCGCGUGCGUGUCGAGCGAGACGGACAGUUGAAAGAUGUGAUUAUUUCUUGCUUCUGUCUCCGACAGGUGUUUUUAUUUGACAGAGGAACAAAGAUGAGAAUUUACUAUCCUGAAGCCACUUGCAUCCUCAUCGUUCUUCAGACGCUGGGGUGGGGCUUGAGUAGUCAAUGUAAGGAACCAAUAGAGAACUACAAACUCAACCUUUCUGUGACCUACGACCUCCCUUAUUUUAUAUCUGACACCCCUAUCCAGAAGCUGUUGGAAUUCAAUAGAACUGUGUACAUAGGUGCCAUCAACAAGCUUUAUGCUCUGUCAGAAAACCUUACAAACAUUCAUGAAUAUAACACCGGACCCGUGCAAGACAAUCCAGGCUGCAAUGUGGAAGAUCACUGCGCUGGUUGUGUACCCCCCGGAGCAAACGGCAUGAACAACACCAAUAUGGCCCUGGUGGUGGAGACAUUUUACGAUCCUGAGCUCUUUAGCUGCGGGUCGGUUGGGAAUGGCGUCUGUACCCGUCACGUGUUAGAAGAUGCUUCCCUGGAUGCGGAAGUAAGUUGCAUGUACUCGAAGAAAAACGGCGGUAGCAACCACGGUUGCCCAGACUGCCUGGCUGGUCCCUCAGGUACUCAGAUCCUCAAUGUGAUGAGUAGCGGUGUGGUACGGUUCUUUGUCGCUAACUCUGAACCUCUUGAACAAACUGAACCUCGUCUCCACCAUACCAUCUCUGUUAGGAAGAUGAAAGAGACUCAAGACGGCUUUGAGUUCUUCUCAGAACAGUCCUACAUGGACCUCGCUCCAGGUUUGCGCGGGAACUUCCCCCUACGCUACGUCUACUCCUUCCAGAGUGGCCCGUAUGUGUAUUUCCUCACCAUCCAACGGGAAGGUGCCGGCUCGAACGCCUAUCACACGCGAAUAGUACGCAUGUGCUCCUCUGAUCCGGAGAUUCUGCGAUACGUGGAAAUGCCCUUCGAGUGCAUUUACUCUGAGCGCAGGCGGAAAAAGCGCUCGCCGCAGGUGGUUUUCAAUGUACUGCAGGCCGCGCACGUGGCCAAGGUCGGCUAUGACUUUCAGCAGGAGAUGGGGCUGAAAGAGGGCGAGGAUGUGCUGUUCGCAGCUUUCGCCCGCAGUAAACCCGACUCUCCGGAGCCCACCGCCAGCUCUGCGGUGUGCGUUGUCUCCAUCACUGACAUCAAUAACUUCUUCAAGGAUUUCAUGCAGAAAGGACACAUAAGAAAGCUGUCUCACUUCACAGGAUCAGAUGAGAAGACUUACAACCAGAGCUUUGUAGGAGAUUCCUUUGGCUGUGGGAAGCAUGAAAAGGGUUACCGACUUGAGGUUGCAAGCACCAACCCACGCCGGGACUACUUUCACGGGCGCUUCAGGAAUGUUCUUCUCACCUCCAUAGCUGUAGUCCCAAUUCAAAACCACACAGUUGUCAGCUUAGGCACUGCUGAAGGGCGGGUGAUCCAGGUGGUGGUUUCCCGCUUUGGCAAGACGGAGCCGCAUGUGGACUUCCGCUUGGACACGCUCCCUGUGUCCUCAGAGAUGGCCCUGCUGUCUCCACAGAGUCAAGACGGCUCCUUAUUGUUGGUUACAGGAAAUAAGGUCUCUAAGGUCCCUCUGAUAGGCCCUGGCUGUAACCAGCUAUGGUCUUGUAGCUCUUGUCUUCUGGCCCCGGCCUUUAUGGGCUGUGGAUGGUGUAAGACCUCUGAACGCUGUACGAGGGCUCCUCAGUGCUCCCCCUCUAACUGGAUCCAGGACUCCUGCCCCCUUCUCAUCAACAAGAUUUCUCCCUCCUCUGCUCCGUCGGGAGGCAACACUAACGUGACGAUCUGCGGCAAAAAUUUCGGUUUUAAUAAGAAAGACCGCUUUGACAUCAAGCUGAUCGACGUGACUGUUGCUGGAAGAAAGUGUAAACUAGAAAGGAAGGACAGUAGCAAUAAUCGGUUGGUCUGCAGACUGGAUCAUGUGAAUGCCUCCAAUGUUGACACCGCGGUAAGGGUGCGCAGUGGCAAAGAAGAGGCCCUGAAAGAUGGUUUCUCAUUUGUGAACCCAGUUAUAACAGAGAUAUUCCCCGAGUUUGGACCAAAGUCUGGUGGAACAAUGCUCACUAUCAGAGGUUCAUUCCUUAGCAGUGGAAACGUGCAACUGGUUACAAUAGGAAAUGUUUCUUGUGUGCUACAGAGCAUAUCAGCCACAAUGUUGACAUGUCGGACUCCACCUCAGCAAUCGCCGUCUAAACUCAAGGUACAGCUGCACAUUGACGGAGUGAUCUGUGAAUCUCCAGUCAGCUACACUUACAACGAAGACCCUCACAUCUCCAGCGUCCAACCCAAGCAUUCCUUCAUCAGUGGAGGAAGCACAGUGACAGUGAAUGGGAUCCACCUCCACUCAGCCCUCCAGCCUCAGAUGGUUCUCACCGCUGCCACAGAGGGCAAAGUUACUGUGACCUGCAGCCACGAUGAGGACAAGCAAAAUAUUAUGUGCAUCACUCCCUCGCUGAAGGGCCUCAGCGUUCAACCUCCAGUUGCCACCAAAAUCACCUUUGUGUUGGAUGGCUUCUCUACCGAUCAGUACGACCUGCUGUAUGUGGAGGACCCCAAGUUUGAGGAGUUUCAGAAGCCCACCGUUACACCAAGAGGCAACAAAAGCAUUCUGGAGAUAAAGGUUCCUCAUGUAAAUCAGGAGGCUGUAAAAAACGGCGAGGUGCUUCGAGUUUCAAACCGGACCUGUGAGAGCGUCACUCUGGUGGGCAACACGCUCGAAUGCACCGUGCCCAUGGAGCUUCAGACUGCCACUAAAGAGCUGGAGGUGGAGUGGAAGCAGGCCACAUCUUCUGUGAUCCUGGGUCGAGUUGUUUUGGCUCAAGAACAGGACUACAGGGUACUGAUCACAGGUGGCAUCUGCGUGUCCAUCGUACUUCUUCUCUUGAUCGCAGUAUUUGCUUGUAUCAAGAGGAAAAAGCAUAUCGAUGAUUUAGCUAAAACUAUGGUUUGGUAUGACGGCCGGGCUCACAUUCCACACUUGGACAUGUUGGCAAACGCGAGGAGUGUCAGUCCGACUAAUGAAAUGGUCUCUCACGAGUCCGUGGACUAUAGAACCACUUUGCUUGAGGACCAGAGCUUGCCUCUGUCACAGACGGAGUCCUGUCGGCCUCAUUUGUACGCCCAUGCUCACGUGGACCUGUCCCCAAUGCUCGGGGCAAUGGAAGGGGACUUGGCCUCACCGCUGUUGCCUUCUAAUGCACCCAUAGAUCUGGGCAGCCUCCAUCCCGAACUGCUGAAGGAGGUUCAGCACGUGGUCAUUGCUCGAGAGGAUCUGCUCUUACAUGUGAAUGAGAUCAUCGGAAGAGGUCACUUUGGCUGCGUGUUUCACGGGACCCUACUCGAACCAGAUGGCCAGAAGCAGCACUGCGCUAUCAAGUCCUUAAACCGAAUCACAGAUAUUGAGGAAGUAUCUCAGUUUCUGAAGGAGGGCAUCAUCAUGAAAGAUUUCAGCCAUCCGAAUGUGCUCUCCCUGUUGGGAAUCUGCCUGCCCAGCGAGGGGUCACCUCUGGUCGUGUUGCCAUACAUGAAACACGGGGACCUGCGCAACUUCAUCAGAGAUGAGACUCAUAACCCCACGGUCAAAGACCUGAUGGGUUUUGGGCUGCAGGUGGCUAAAGGAAUGGAGUAUCUUGCAAGCAAGAAGUUUGUACACAGAGACCUUGCGGCCCGAAACUGCAUGCUAGAUGAGAGCUACACGGUAAAAGUGGCCGAUUUUGGCUUGGCCAGGGAUGUGUAUGAUAAAGAAUACUACAGUGUGCACAACAAGCAUGGAGUCAAGCUACCCGUCAAAUGGAUGGCAUUGGAAAGCUUGCAGACACACAAGUUCACCACCAAAUCUGAUGUGUGGUCGUUCGGGGUGUUGCUUUGGGAACUCAUGACCCGCGGCGCACCACCGUACUCCGACGUGAACUCCUUCGACAUCACGAUCUUCCUCCUUCAGGGCCGAAGACUGCUACAACCCGAGUUUUGCCCGGAUGCCCUAUACAAUGUGAUGAUCGAGUGCUGGCACCCCAAACCCGAGCGCCGCCCCACCUUCUCGGAGCUGGUGUCCCGCAUCGCCGCCAUCUUCUCCAGCUUCAGCGGAGAGCACUACAUCCUCCUCAACACCACCUACGUCAACAUCGACAAGAUGACACCAUACCCCUCUCUCAUCUCUUCUCAGAGCAACCUCAACCGUGACUGCUUCACCUGACAGAGACGGCCAGACGGAGGGAGGGAUGAAGAGAUUGAGAUGAUCAACAACAUGAAAAGCCAAAGCUCUUAUUUGCUACGAAAAACACUGGACUCGCCGGUCGGCUUUCAACAUUAAUAGAGGAGGAUAGGAUACAGUGAAGACUUUAAAGGCGCAUACACUCCCUUGAUCACUGUAAAUAGUUCGUGAUGAGCCAUGACCUGUGGAGUUAAGGCUCUCCGCUCAGGCAUGAGAUGGGCACACUCCCCUAACACAGAGAACCUGAAACAAGUUGGAUUGCGAGCCAUGAUGUUUCAAAGGUGGCGUGUUUUUGUUAGAGUUGGUUGUCAACCCAUUAAUGUCUCAUCUGUUCGUUCGCAUCGAGGCGCCUUUCGCAAUCUGCGCCCAUCUGAAUCGUACUGGCAGGCGCUUUCCUCCAGUUCCAAUCAGAUGGUUUAUAAAAUAGAGAAACUCUUUAGUGACAUUGUGUUCUCUGGGGUAUCUGAGCAUAUGUCGACCAUUUUGUUUUCUGUGAAAAAUGUUAUAUAACAUUGUGCAUGCCUUCGUACUAUGAACUGAACGCGGCAUAAUGAAGUUCUCUUCAGAACACUGGACAGGUAACGUGAGCUUUAAAUUUCCACCUGUUCUUUAGAUUCAGACACCGAUGUCUUUAUAAAUCAUCCGUUUCUAUUUUCCUAUUUGAUUUAUGUUUGGAAAAACUUUAAAAUGCUGUGAUGCUUCUGACCUGGUCAUUUUAUUCUUUAAGACAAGAUUUCCGCAGUUUAUUAGUUGUUUUAUAUUUGUAUCUGUUUAUAAAGCAUUUUACUUAGGCCUCAUGGUGCACCUGUUUCACAUUAUCAGCACUGUAUGGAGUUAAAGUCAACAUGAAUGGUAUUUGUAACCCUUUUUUGUGUCAGUAAUGUGAAAUGAGAAUAUUUAUUAGGGAUGCAUGAUAAUCAGUAAUGAAGUAUAAAAGCAGUUGAAGAGCUCAGAUGCAAAACCAGGGCUCUUAAAGGUCACGUUCUUUCUGUGUUUUUGAAGCUUUGAUUGUGUUUACAGUGCACAAUAUAACAUGUGUUCAUGUUUCACGUGUAAAAAAAUUUCACACAAUUUACUUAUCUGUAUAGCGCAGUUUCCCUGUUCUAUGAAGUCCCUCCUACGUAACAAGUUCUGAUUGUGUAGUUUGUUUAGUGUGUUGUGAUUCGAUAGCAGCUUAGCUUGCCAUUACCUUUGCUGACGACUGACGUAUUCCUUUUGGCGGAGUUUAGUCAAAAAACUGUAGAGGGCUGUAGUCCAAACCGGCCAUUCGCUUUAGGCUUAGAAAGGGGAAUUCUGUUAAAGAAAAUAUAUCGCCUGGCAGUGAACUUUGAGCUUUAUCAUUUUACAGGUAUUAUUUAUGCUAUAAUAUGGGUUUAAAAAAUACGAUCAGAAAGAACGUGACCUUUAACGGAUUCUGCCAACAAAACUGUAUUUCUGAAUAGCCUAAUGCUGCGUUCACACCAGCCGCGGUAGAGGCAUCAAGCGCGAGUGAUUUCAAUAUUAAGUCAAUGUAAAGACGCGUGUCUGGAGGUCUCGCGGCACGAAUAAGGCGUUUAGCGCGGCAGACGUGAUUCGCGUCUAGUUCGCGCGAAUGCUCGAAUUGAGCCUUGCCACUGGAAACGCGUGAGUUGAAAAAUCUGAACUUUGGCAGGAAAACGCGCUGCGCUAACCAAUCAGGAGCUUGCUUUAGUAGUGACAUGAUUACAGGAAGCGAGCGGAGUCGCAGAAGCCCCUCCUAUGACGUGAAUUUCCAAUUGAAUGUCUCAAUGACUAGAAUUUCACGUGUGGCUUUCACGCACGAAUGACGCGAGGACACUCAAAAUGUUCAAGCGUCGAACUACGUGCAGUAGACGCGAAUUUGACGCCUCAAUCGCGUCUGGUGUGAACCCACAGUAAUGCUACGUACACACCAAACACGGGCCAUCGAGUUACUCGCUCUAGAUUACUCGCAGGAUUUAACUUCGUGUCAUGCGGAUUUUUUACUCAAGUUGAAUAUUUUCAUCUUGGGAAAAUACGCGUUUGAGGCAAAUAGCGCGUGUUUUCGCUGCAAACGCACCGCCCGUAUCGCGUCAUUCGCAUCGCCCCACGCGAGGACGCGUCUAAUUGCGUCUUUGCAUUGACUCACGCAAAUCAUUGAACUCGCAUCUGGUGUGAACCCACAGUAAGGCCGGGAUUAAGCAGAUCUGAAACAAGUUAUUUGAUAAACGUAUAAUACGGUUAAUAAUACGGUUAAUAUCAUCACGGAGGUGGCGCUUAGUGUUUUUUGCAUCAAAGCCCCUCAAUUUUUCCCACUGUUGGACAUCAGCAGAUUUUCUGAAAACGGUCGAUGAUCAGUGCAGAUAAUACGUCAACUUAUCAGUUUUAAAAUCUCUGAUUCACCACUGUAUUGGUGCCCAAACACACAGAAAUGAGCACAAAAUAAACAGCUGUAGGCGUUUGGCGAUUAUGUAAUUGUUUUACCCAUAAUUGUAAUCCCAAUUAAUUUUUUUGAUUAAUUGUGCAGCCCUAAUAUCUAUUGAGGAAUAAAUGUGAGGCGGGACUUGGUUUUGUCCAUCAGUAAAUGAUUGGAUUGUUUUAAGUGGGAGUUACUUACCAGAAAGGAGCCACGAUGUGUCUGGAGGGGAGGGGAUGAAAAUAAGAGCUUGUUGUUAUCAGCCUAAAAGCAAUGAUUUUAGAGGCAGACCAAUAUAUUACAUUUUUAUAAGAGCAUAAUAAAUUUACUUCCAUUUAGAGAGCGUACAUUGUUCCCUCAUGCACAAUAGGACCAGAAUGUGUAUAAAAGAUACAACAAGGGUGAAUGUGGUUUGAACAUUGAGAGGUUAAAGUGUCAACUGUAUGUUUUUAUUAAUCAUUGUAUAUUGAAGGGGGUUGUAGACAUUAUUGAUUUCAUGUUGACUUUAAACAGAACUAACAGUACUCUUAUUUGUCAUUGAAAGCAUUAUCAAAUAUGGCAAAAAUGUAACAAACAAAUGCAAGAUGGAUGGCUGGUGUGUAGAAUGGUGUGAAUGUUUCCAUGCAGGCCUUUACAGUGCAUUGCUAUGUAGUGAAGAUGACAAUGAAUGUUUCCUUAUUGAACUACUGGUUGGUGUAAAUAAUUCGUUUUUUCUACCCUUCUUGUCUGACGUGCUGUGUGAUACAUGUAUAUAUAGCCUUUGAACACAGUAUACAAUAGAGACAGUUUGGUAUAUCCAUCAAAUAAUUAAUAUAGGUCAGCUGUUUUCAUUUUUUCCCAAUGCGAGUUAAAAUUCUGGUGUGUUUAUGAUAAACAGGAUGAAUCCUGAAUCAUUUAGUAUGAAGUUUUGCCUUUUUUCAAUUUUUAAUACCCAUCUUUUUUUAGUUGAGGCUGUCACACUGUCUCCUUAUGAGCUAUGUGGGGAUGGAAAUGAUUCAAUUAUGGUACAUAUUACAAUAUUUCUGUUGUUCCAGUAAGAAUAAUAAAGUUUUAUUAUGUGUGUAAGUGUUUUUGUGUCUUAAAUGUAACAAUGUGUCCCUUUGUGUUCCCUCGGUUAUAUUAAAUUCAUUCUUCUC